UUUAGCCUUUGUUGAUGAGGACAGGUUGUUAUAAUCAAUAUGUUCUCAGGCCAGGCUCGUUAAAGCGUCGGCCGCCAUCCCCUGCCCUCCCAAGACUUAUUCAUCAGUUUUAAUAAUUGUGUAUUAAGACACCAUGGUAGCAUUCCACCUCUCGCCUAUAAAACCAUUAGCAGCAAAGGAGCAGUAACGGUAUUAGUAAGUAACUUACUAACGUAAGUAACUUAUAGUAAGUAAAUAUAGUAAGUAACUUACUAAUGGCUGGCGUCCCCAUUACUCCUGUAUUCGUGUCCCCUGCGCUCUUCUCUCUCUAUCUUUAUUCAUCUCAUAUUCAACGUAUACCUUUUGUUCCUUGGAUCAGCGUCGACUUGAGCGAUAAGGUUACUCAUAGAGAUGACGAGACCACGAGCAAGUGUGGCGCCGUUACUCCUGAAGGUGGUGUUGGUGGGGUGUGUGUCUGGGCGGUGCUUGGCGGACGGCUCAAGCAUCUACAAGCUUCUCUACCCGGGAGGCUCCAAGAUUAUCGCCAACUACACCAGCCAAGGAAGCCUCUCGCGGGUAAGAUGCGCCCUCAAAUGCAGCCAGCUGACAGCGUGCUGUGUGUACACAUGGGACUCCAUCAGCCAAGAGUGUCAGCUUUUGGAAGCGCUGCCGACCUCGGCUGUCAGCCUAACGCCAGCAGGUGCCAGUCUGGAAACUUACUAUAAGGCGGGGCAAAAUAACCGCCAAGUGACGCUUGGGAAACAAAAUACUGUCUGGCGCAAUGCCAAGCCUCUCUGCGAGGCCAUGGGUGGUAGGCUGGCUCUUCCCAUCGACUACUCCUGCAGAAGGAUCAUCCACUUCAUAUUCAAUGCCCCUCAGCUCCUGGUGGGGAUGUGGAGGCAACCUCUAAUCACCGGUGUGUGGUAUGACAUGGAGAACCAUGUGAUCACCACCAAUAUGGCGUGGAAACCCACUCAGCCCAACGGAGUGUCGACAGACGAGGCUUGUAUCUUCUCGGAAUAUGGCCUGCUGGUAGACACCUCUUGCUGCUGCUCGUUAAAGAUUCCUUUUAUCUGCGAAGUGUAAAGA